AUGGCUAACCUCGAAAAAUACGAUAGCUUCCUCUCCACUCUCCAUGGAGCAUCGUCCAGCGGAUGGACUGAAGCUCAGGAAUCUGCGUUGCUCGAGCCAUACACCUACAUCACUGCCAACCCCGGCAAAGAGAUUCGGGGAAAGCUCGUCGAAAGCUUUAACCUCUGGCUUAACGUCCCCAAGGAUAAACUUGUGGUCAUCAACCGUGUUGUUGGCCUUCUCCACAAUGCCAGUCUCUUGGUCGACGACAUCGAAGAUGACUCUCAGCUAAGACGUGGGAUUCCAGUCGCCCACAAAAUAUACGGCGUUCCUCAAACUAUUAAUACCGCCAAUUACGUGUACUUCCUGGCAUACCAAGAACUCUCGGCUCUGAGGCCAACUGUUAGACGUCGCGCUCCCACUUCGAGCGCAAGUUCAGAUAGUGGGCUCGGGGACGACAGUCCAGCUGCCGACAAAUCUGAUUUCCCUGAACGCAUCAUUCCUGAUUAUGACCUGGACCUCGUAGUGAACGAGGAGCUCAUGUCCCUCCACCGUGGGCAGGGCAUGGACAUUCUGUGGCGUGAUACCCUGCGCUGUCCCACUGAAGAUGAGUAUGUGGAUAUGGUUAAAGCUAAAACGGGUGGUCUUCUCAGGAUUGCCGUCAAACUCAUGAUGGCAUGCGCUACGACAAACACGAAUGUUGACUACAUCCCUUUGACCGACCUUAUUGGGGUUCAUUUCCAAAUACGUGAUGACUACAUGAACCUGCAGAGUAAUAUCUACACGGACAACAAGGGCUUUGCAGAAGAUUUGUCGGAAGGGAAAUUCUCCUUCCCCAUCGUUCACGGCAUUCUUGAAAAUCCCGACAACCGACAGAUCAUGAAUGUCCUACAAAAGCGCCCAAAGACUCCUACCCUCAAGCACCACACUAUCAACUACCUCAGGGACACUACCAAGUCGUUUGACUACACUCUGGCGGUGCUCAGAAAGUUGGAACGCCAAGGUAGGGAAGAAGUUGAGAGACUGGGUGGAAACCCUAUGUUGUCUGCAAUUUUGGACAAGCUCCAUGUCGAUGCAUGAAACACGACGUCCUUGAUUGAUAUGUACUGUAAUGUCACGGCCGUGGAUAUCCCACAUAGAUCAUAUGUACUGUAAUAUUUGGAGGCUCUUAUUGAUCAUUCUAUUCUCGAUCCUGGGAUCACUGAUCGAGAACGUUUUAAGACUAGACUAGAAAUCGACAGCACUUUACAAGUGAAACAAAACUCCGCUACUCGAAGUCAUGAACUUC